AUGUCCUCAGAUGCAGCCGCUUUGCCCUCUCCACCGGGCUUUGCGCCGUGGGAAAAUAUCAGUCACCCUGGGGGGCAAAUUAGCAGACCUGAGUCGCUUUCGAGCAGCAACCAUGCCACUCCAGCCGGUUAUCAAUCUCCACGGUUUCCUAAUAUUAAGGACCUUCAAGAACAGGCAGCGGCCUUGGAUGUGAAUGAGAAUUCAUCACUCAACGUCCUUCUCAAUAGAGCCCAAGCCGCAAUAGAAAAUGCCAGGAGAUUUGCUGAUAGCGAUCAACCGGACAAAGCUUACGUGCAGUACCUUCGUGCUUCUGAGAUUACUAUCAACCUCAUACCUCACCACCCAGAUUAUCGAAUUACUGCCAGCCAGCGCUCGGACUGGUACAAGCAGUUCGCAAAUUUAAUGAUGGCUGUGCGGACAAAGCAAGGGACUAUGGACGAUAUCAAGCAACAAAUUGUGGAAGACAAUCUUAGGAGCAAUGUACAGCCUACGACUGGAACCGAGCACAAUUACCACAGACCUACUUCAGAGCUAUUGCCUGCUGGUACGCUUCGAAGCCCGAGCCCAAGAGGUCGUCAAACCGAACAAGGUGAUAAGUCAGCACGGAUGCCUAGUCCGUCGGAAUUUCAACGGUCGUUGGGUCUACAAGAGAGACCGAAUAGAUACUCGGCGCCUGCAGAAGAUAUGCUGGCCCAGCGCUUCGCCAAACUAAGAGCAUCACCGCCCGCUACGAAUGACUCAUUCCCGACGAUGAACGGUCAAAAUACCCCUAUCCCUGCGCAGGGUAAUAAUGGCGAUAUUCCUAGACGACCGUUGUCUUACAUGCCUCAAGGGUCGCUGUAUAAUCCAAACCUUGCUUCACCCUCGCGGCGACCUCUAGGACCCCGUAGUAUGGGGUCAUCACAUGAUGGCCCGGUCCUGCCUCCUAAAGUCCCCCUCAAUACAUCGCUUCCUCGUGCACCAGAUCCGGCCUAUAGUCCAAUCUGGACAGUCCCAUCUCAACCGCCUUCAAACCCACCUAGGACCUCAAGCGAAAGCUCCCGUCCAGUCAACCCGCGAUACUCCCAUCUCGCUAAUUCUUCCCGGGGUAGCCCAAGUCGUAACGGCUUCGACGACAAUCCUUAUAGAUCGCGGACGCCGAAUGGAAUCCACCAGGUGAAGGAAGACAGAAGUAACACUGCCGAUUUGCCACACAGCACUGCAAUCAGCGCCCAGAACCUACUCGACUAUCUCCGAAGAUAUAACGUGUUAUUGAUCGACGUGCGCCCGCGGGAUCAAUAUGAUAGUGGACAUGUAUACGCGAAAUCUAUCAUCUGCAUUGAACCAGUGGCACUGAAAGAAAACGUGUCAGCGGAGGAGCUUGAGGAGCGUUUGGUGGUGUCCCCCGAGCAUGAACAGUCCCUAUUCGAGAAACGGAACGAAUUUGACAUGAUAGUGUACUACGACCAAUCCAGCGAUUCAGUCAGCUACCUCGCCGGAUCCCCUGUUGGAACAACAGCGCCACAUCUUAGGGCUCUCCAUGAUACUCUAUAUGAGUUCAAUGCCUAUAAACCUUUGAAAGAUGGUCGUCCUCCCGCUCUUUUGCUGGGUGGUCUCGACGCCUGGAUCGAUAUCCUUGGGCAACAAUCCCUUGCCACAUCCUCCACGGCUACUGUCCUGAGUUCGCUCCAAACAAAGCGUCCGGUCAAUAUACCCGGGCGGCCUCUUGGGAGAGUACCUACGAUGGCGAGCGCUAACUCUAGCUUGGAAGUGAGGAAGAGACGGUUACGCGAAUAUAAGCCCUUGAAUCCAGACGAGCUCACCGCAUGGAUGGAAAAGUCAAAGAAGGAAGAAAUUGACACUACGACAUAUAUCGAAGAGGAGCCAAUGACAGAGGAACCCGAGGGACAAGAAAUGGAUGAGCCUCCUACUCCAUUCGUGCAUACCUAUGAAGACUUUCUACGGCGCUUCCCGGAGCCCCAUGCUAUCCAGGAGUCAAUGGUGACACCACAUGCCCGGCCACCAGUACCGCCUACGCCUAAUUAUGCUGCUCCCGUCCCCGUCGCUCCCUCGCGACCUCCACCUGCAGUUCCACGCCCAAGUUAUAGCGGUGUUACUGAUGGCCGUCAAAUUCAACCUACAUUGGCGCGGCAGAAUUCUGCUACCAAGACUGCUCUUUACACUCCAAGUUCAAUAUAUCGCGCCAAGUUGCCCAGGACCGGUCUUGCCAAUUUUGGUGUAACCUGCUAUAUGAACUCGACGAUACAAUGCUUGAAUGCGACGAUGAUGUUGAGUCGAUUUUUUGUUGAUAACCGAUUCCGAUACUAUGUGCAGAAGAACUGGAAAGGCUCGCAGGGAGUCAUGCCGGGACUUUUUGCCAAUCUCAUAAGGUCAUUGUGGAAGGGUGACGUGGAAGUGAUUGUUCCUACUUCGUUCCGUAACUUUUGUGGAAGGCUAAAUCAGGAAUGGGCCAUCGAUCGACAGCAGGAUGCCAAAGAGUUCUUUGACUUUGCUGUUGAUUGUCUACACGAGGAUUUGAACAUUAAUUGGCAGAGAAGCCCUUUGAGGCCGCUAACAUUUGAAGAGGAGAUGCAGCGGGAGAGGAUGCCUGUUGUCAAAGUUUCAAAGAUUGAAUGGGAUCGGUAUUGUCAUCGAGAAGAGUCCUUCAUUUCUUCGCUUUUUGCAGGUCAACAUGCUAGCCGGCUGCGUUGUACAACCUGCAAGCGGACAUCCACGACAUAUGAGGCUUUCUACAGCAUUAGCGUUGAAAUUCCGCCGUCCGGUACUGGUGAUAUCUAUCAAUGUCUGCGCAGCUAUUGUAAAGAAGAAAUGUUGAGUGGCGACGAGGUGUGGAAGUGUCCUUACUGCAAAUGCGAAAGGGUUGCAACGAAGCAGAUCAUCAUCACUCGGGCCCCGCAAAUCUUAGUGAUUCAUUUCAAGAGAUUCUCGGCGUCGAAAACACAAAGCGCCCGGAAGAUUCACACUCCGAUUGAAUUUCCUUUACAUGGUCUGCGGAUGGAUGACUUUGUUUAUUCACCGCCAAUUCCGGAGUCGAAUGGUGAUUCGAAGGCUACUAUGCCACAUGAUACUACCCUGGCGACUGUACCCCCGUUUACGUACGAUGCCUAUGGCGUGCUACGCCAUAUUGGAUCAUCUAUGAGCAGCGGGCAUUACAUCUCUUUGGUGCGAGACGGAGCGCGCCAGUGUUGGCGGAGAUUCGAUGAUGAGCGAACUGUUGAUUUCAAUCCCCGCGAUCUGCGAAACAAAGACCGACUGCAGAACGAACAAGCAUAUAUUGUAUUCUAUGAGCGCGUUCCCGCGAAAUGA